AUGUUUUCAGCUUUACUAUUGACUCACCUCAUAUCUGGUGUUAAUAAUGAGGUUUUAAAGAUCACGCCAGUGCAGAAGCAGACCCUGGCUGGCCAGCGGACAAGGUUCAAGGCUUUUGUCGCCAUUGGGGACUACAAUGGUCUUGUUGGUCUGGGUAUUAAGUGCUCCAAGGAGGUAGCCACUGCAACUCAAGGGGCCAUCAUCUUGGCCAAGCUUUCCAUUGUCCCUGUUCAGAGAGGCUACUGGGGAAACAGGAUUGGCAAGCCCCAUACCAUCCCCUGCAAGGUGACAGGCCAUUGUGGUUCUGUGCUGAUGUGCCUUAUCCCUGCCCCCAGAGGCACUGGCAUUGUCUCUGCUCCUGUGUCCAAGAAGCUACUGAUGAUGGCUGGUAUUGAUGACUGCUACACAUCAGCCAGGGGCUGCACUGCCACCCUGGGCAACUUCGCCAAGGCCAUCUUUGAUGCUAUCUCUAAGACCUACAGCUAUCUGACCCCUGACCUCUGGAAAGAGAUGGUCUUCACCAAGUCUCCCUAUCAGGAAUUCACUGAUCAUCUUGUGAAAACCCACACCAGAGUCUCUGUGCAGAGAACCAGGCUCCAGCUGUGGCUACUACCUAGGACUUUUAUAUGAGAAAAAUAAAGUGAAUUAAG